CCAACCAGCUCAUAGAUUUUCAGUGGAAGCUGGGUAUGGCUGUGAGCUCAGACAGCUGCAGGUCACUUAAGUAUCCUUAUGUUGCAGUGAUACUCAAAGUGGCAGAUCCUUCAGGCCAAGUAAAGAACAAGUCCUUCGAAAUGACAAUUCCACAAUUUCAGAAUUUCUACAGACAGUUCAAGGAAAUUGCUGCAGUUAUUGAAACUGUGUGAAAACUGAUUACUUGGUUGAUGAAUUGCUACCAUCAUUCUAAAAUCAUGGACUUUACUUUCUGCAACAAAACUGCCUAAGGAUCAAAUGAUAUUUAUUGAAUGAAAAUUACACUUUUGGUUUUCCAUUUUUUUAAAUAAUAAAAAAGAAAAUCAGACAAA